CAGCCCAGACUCUGUGAUCAUGCUGGCCCAGGCAAGAGGAUGUGGGAACAACUCUCUCUGACUCAUCUUUUAAUAAGAGUGAACACAAGCAUCAGCACAACUGAGUUCAAAUUACAGCUCUGUUAUUGACAAGCCUGCCCGACCUUAGACUAUGUCCGAGAAUCACAAUGAGCUGGCACACUAACAAUACAACCUCGCCUUUGUUUCCAAAUAUCAGCUCGUCCUGGGUGCGCGGCCCCUUGGAUGCCGGGCUGCCCCCGGGCACGGCCCCUCACUUCGGCAGCUACAACGUCUCUCAGGCAGCUGGGAAUUUCUCCUCUGCCAAUGGCACCACCAGCGAUCCGCUGGGAGGCCACACCAUCUGGCAGGUGGUCUUCAUCGCCUUCCUAACAGGCGUCCUGGCCUUGGUGACCAUCAUCGGCAACAUCCUGGUGAUCGUGGCCUUCAAGGUCAACAAGCAGCUGAAGACAGUCAAUAACUACUUCCUCUUAAGCCUGGCCUGUGCUGACCUGAUUAUCGGGGUCAUUUCCAUGAAUCUGUUUACCACCUACAUCAUCAUGAAUCGGUGGGCUCUAGGAAACCUGGCCUGCGACCUCUGGCUGUCCAUUGACUACGUGGCUAGCAAUGCCUCCGUCAUGAACCUUCUGGUCAUCAGCUUCGACAGGUACUUCUCCAUCACGCGGCCGCUCACGUACCGAGCCAAACGAACAACCAAACGAGCUGGCGUGAUGAUAGGCCUGGCGUGGGUCAUUUCCUUCGUCCUCUGGGCCCCCGCCAUCCUCUUCUGGCAGUACUUUGUCGGGAAGAGGACUGUGCCGCCCGGCGAGUGUUUUAUCCAGUUCCUCAGCGAGCCCACCAUUACGUUCGGCACGGCCAUCGCUGCCUUCUACAUGCCUGUCACCAUCAUGACUAUUUUAUACUGGAGGAUCUAUAAGGAAACGGAAAAACGUACCAAAGAGCUCGCCGGGCUGCAGGCCUCGGGGACGGACGCGGAGGCCGAGAACUUUGUCCACCCCACGGGUAGCUCUCGGAGCUGCAGCAGCUACGAGCUGCAACAGCAGAGCCUGAAACGCUCGGCCCAGAGGAAGUACGGUCGCUGCCACUUCUGGUUUGCCACCAAGAGCUGGAAGGCCAGCGCGGAGCAGAUGGACCCUGACCAGAGCAGCAGCGACAGCUGGAAUAACAACGACGCUGCCGCCUCCCUGGAGAACUCCGCCUCUUCCGACGAGGAGGACAUCGGCUCCGAGACCAGAGCCAUCUACUCCAUCGUGCUCAAGCUGCCUGGCCACAGCACCAUCCUCAACUCCACCAAACUGCCCUCCUCGGACAACCUGCAGGUGCCCGACGAGGCACUGGGGGCGGCCGACCUGCAGAGGAGAGCUAGCAAGCUGCAGACCCAGAAGAGCAUGGACGACGGGGCUGGCUUUCCGAAAAGCUUCUCCAAGCUUCCCAUCCAGCUAGAGUCAGCCGAGGACACAGCCAAGGCGUCCGAGGCCAACUCCUCGGCGGGCAAGACCACGGCUGCUCUACCUCUGUCCUUCAAGGAAGCCACUCUGGCCAAGAGGUUUGCUCUGAAGACCCGAAGCCAGAUCACCAAGCGGAAACGGAUGUCGCUCAUCAAGGAGAAGAAGGCGGCCCAGACGCUCAGCGCCAUCUUGCUGGCCUUCAUCAUCACCUGGACCCCCUACAAUAUCAUGGUUCUGGUGAACACCUUCUGUAACAGUUGCAUACCCAAAACCUAUUGGAAUCUGGGCUACUGGCUGUGCUACAUCAACAGCACCGUGAACCCCGUGUGCUACGCGCUGUGUAACAAAACAUUCAGAACCACUUUCAAGAUGCUGCUGCUUUGCCGGUGUGACAGGCGCAGGCGGCGGAAACAGCAGUACCAGCAGAGACAGUCGGUCGUUUUCCACAAGCGCGCGCCCGAGCAGGCCCUGUAGGGGGAGGCUCGGCCCCGCGCGGCGGCCAAACGCACACAUCCACCCACAAACCUUAGGAGGGCGCUGGCGGAGGGUAGGGGUGAUUCCCGGUGGUGAUAAAAAUGGGUU